GAGGCGGCUAGGGCCGCCUGCAGGAACCGCAUGUGGCCGGGGCAGCGCGGGGCUUAGCAGCUCGCAGUGGGGCGGAAGGAGCGAGCGGAGAAAGUUGUUUCCCCGACGCCAGCGCCGGGCGGGCCGCGGCGGGAGCACAGGGCAGAGCGCGGGGCGCCCCCGGCCCCCCGGCCCCCCACCCCCCCGGGCCCCGGCCCCCGGCCCCUAGACCCCUGCCCCCCGCCUCCGCCCGGCCCUCGCGGGAUGGACAGCGCGGCCGGCACCGCCUUCGCCCUGGACAAGCCGGCGCUGCUUCCCGGGCCGCCGCCCGCCCUGGGUCCCGGGGACUGCGCCCAGGCGCGCAAGAACUUCUCGGUGAGCCACCUCCUGGACCUGGAGGAGGUGGCGGCGGCCGGCCGGCUGGCAGGGCGCCCCGGGGCCAGGGCCGAGUCGCGGGAGGGCGCCGCCCGGGAACCGUCCGGGGGCAGCAGCGGCAGCGAGGCGGCGCCGCAGGACGCAGGUGAGUGUCCCAGCCCAGGCGGAGGCGGAGCCGCCAAGCGGAAGAAGAAGCAGCGGCGGAACCGCACCACGUUCAACAGCAGCCAGCUGCAGGCGCUGGAGCGCGUGUUCGAGCGCACGCACUACCCUGACGCCUUCGUUCGCGAGGAGCUGGCCCGGCGUGUCAAUCUCAGCGAGGCGCGGGUGCAGGUCUGGUUUCAGAACCGCAGGGCCAAGUUUCGCCGGAACGAGAGAGCCAUGCUGGCCAACCGCUCGGCCUCACUGCUCAAGUCUUACAGUCAGGAGGCCGCCAUCGAGCAGCCUGUGGCACCCCGGCCCACCACCCUGAGUCCAGACUAUCUCUCCUGGACCACCUCAUCACCUUACAGCACCGUGCCACCCUACAGCCCUGGAGGCUCAGGCCCAGCGACCCCAGGUGUCAAUAUGGCCAACAGCAUCGCCAGUCUUCGCCUCAAGGCCAAGGAGUUCAGUCUGCACCACAGCCAGGUGCCUACAGUGAACUGAUGCAGCCCCCCAAGGCCUGGCCACCUCCUUGGUCUAGAAGCAGCCACCAGGAGGGGGGCACAAGAAAGCCAUCUUCCUCGGAGGCCAAUGACAGGACUCUCUCUCUAGGCUGGACUCUGGGGCCCCAGAGCUGUGAUGAUGGCCCUCAGAGUCCCUUCCUCCUUGACCCAAGACUGGGGCUUCAGGUCCCUAGCGCUAAACACUUGGAGAGGAUGGACCGGAAGACAGAGCAGGAGCUCACCAAGGACCUCACUCAUUUUGUGUAUUAAAACUGUAAAGCUUUUGUCUUUAAGAAAUAAAAAUAAUAAUAA